AUGCCUUCCUUGGGUUUGUCAGAAGAGCCCAUCCCGCUUUGGUGGACCACAGAUUUCAUUUUGGCCUCUCCCGAAGGAACUCCGGCAGACCAGGAGAAGUGGAUCGUGGGCGAGUUCAACUGCUCCUGCGUGGGCAUUUCCAAGUGCUUGGCAGCGUACUGCAAGGACGACACGCCCCAGGCAUCGUUCAAAGACAUCGCUGCGGAUGACCUCAAGGAAGCCCAGACGUACGGCGACAUGAUGGGCAGCAAGGCCCUGGGCAUCUUGGAUGCCGCGGCCUGUCAGCCCGUGGACGUCUCGAGCUUGACCCGGGUGGCCAAGGAUUUCGCCGGUUUGCGGCCGCAGCCCUCGAGUGUCUGCUACAAGACCGCCCUGGCGCAAAUCUACGUGCGGAGCGCGCCGUACGGAGGCUCGGACAAGAGCUCCAACGGACAUCGCUACGACUCCAUCCCCUUUGCGAACGGCAUGAUCAACGCCGGCAUGAGCUGCCAGCUUAUCCACUACACCCAUGAGGGAGAGCUGCGCUACAACAUGGUGGUGGACACUCUUGUUGGCAUCAUCCACAAGAAGCCCAAGGAGGGUGGCAUCUCGGCAGUCGGAGGGACUGGCUCGAUCUACACCUACUACGGUCCGGAGGAGACCAAAUUCAAGGCCCUGACCGAGAACUUCUUGAAGCGGGAUUUGCCUCACGUCAUGCCUUCCUUGGGAUUGGCAGAAGAGCCCAUCCCGCUUUGGUGGACCACAGAUUUCAUUUUGGCCUCUCCCGCAGGAACUCCGGCAGACCAGGAGAAGUGGAUCGUGGGCGAGUUCAACUGCUCCUGUGUUGGCAUCUCCAAAUGCUUGGCUGCAUACUGCAAGGAUGACACCCCGAACGCUACCUACUACGAUAUUGAGGCAAGCGACUUGAAGGAUGCCGAUGCUUAUGGGGACUUGAUGGGAGUCAAAGCCAAGGCAAUUCUGGAGCAAGCGCAGAAUCCAGGCGAGCUGCGCUACAACAUGGUGGUGGACACUCUUGUUGGCAUCAUCCACAAGAAGCCCAAGGAGGGUGGCAUCUCGGCAGUCGGAGGGACUGGCUCGAUCUACACCUACUACGGUCCGGAGGAGACCAAAUUCAAGGCCCUGACCGAGAACUUCUUGAAGCGGGAUUUGCCUCACGUCAUGCCUUCCUUGGGAUUGGCAGAAGAGCCCAUCCCGCUUUGGUGGACCACAGAUUUCAUUUUGGCCUCUCCCGAAGGAACUCCGGCAGACCAGGAGAAGUGGAUCGUGGGCGAGUUCAACUGCUCCUGUGUUGGCAUCUCCAAAUGCUUGGCUGCAUACUGCAAGGAUGACACGCCUAAAGCCUCUUACAACGACAUCGAGCCAGAGGAUUUGAAGGCAGCUCAGGCCUACGGAGACUUGAUGGGUGUCAAGGCUUUGGGCAUCUUGCAGAAGUCCGGCACCGCCGAUGGACCUGGCGAGCUGCGCUACAACAUGGUGGUGGACACUCUUGUUGGCAUCAUCCACAAGAAGCCCAAGGAGGGUGGCAUCUCGGCAGUCGGAGGGACUGGCUCGAUCUACACCUACUACGGUCCGGAGGAGACCAAAUUCAAGGCCCUGACCGAGAACUUCUUGAAGCGGGAUUUGCCUCACGUCAUGCCUUCCUUGGGAUUGGCAGAAGAGCCCAUCCCGCUUUGGUGGACCACAGAUUUCAUUUUGGCCUCUCCCGAAGGAACUCCGGCAGACCAGGAGAAGUGGAUCGUGGGCGAGUUCAACUGCUCCUGUGUUGGCAUCUCCAAAUGCUUGGCUGCAUACUGCAAGGAUGACACGCCUAAAGCCUCUUACAACGACAUCGAGCCAGAGGAUUUGAAGGCAGCUCAGGCCUACGGAGACUUGAUGGGUGUCAAGGCUUUGGGCAUCUUGCAGAAGUCCGGCACCGCCGAUGGACCUGGCGAGCUGCGCUACAACAUGGUGGUGGACACUCUUGUUGGCAUCAUCCACAAGAAGCCCAAGGAGGGUGGCAUCUCGGCAGUCGGAGGGACUGGCUCGAUCUACACCUACUACGGUCCGGAGGAGACCAAAUUCAAGGCCCUGACCGAGAACUUCUUGAAGCGGGAUUUGCCUCACGUCAUGCCUUCCUUGGGAUUGGCAGAAGAGCCCAUCCCGCUUUGGUGGACCACAGAUUUCAUUUUGGCCUCUCCCGAAGGAACUCCGGCAGACCAGGAGAAGUGGAUCGUGGGCGAGUUCAACUGCUCCUGUGUUGGCAUCUCCAAAUGCUUGGCUGCAUACUGCAAGGAUGACACGCCUAAAGCCUCUUACAACGACAUCGAGCCAGAGGAUUUGAAGGCAGCUCAGGCGUACGGUGACUUGAUGGGGGUGAAGGCCCUGGGUAUCCUUUCAGCCGGCGGCGCGGCCGGCGCUUCAGCCGGCGGUGCGAGCUGUGGUCGACUGGUCCUGCUGCGGCACGGCGCCGUGCAGAUGCCCCACGCGGGAUGGGCAGACGUGGAGCUGUCGGAGCAGGGCAAAGCCGAGGCGGCGUCGGCCGGGCAGCUGCUGAAGUCCGCGAAGCUGCGCUGCGACAUCGCCUUCGCGUCUGUCCUCCGCCGGUCCGUGCGAACUGCCUGGACCGCCCUUAUGGAGUGCGACCACUACUCACUGCCGGUGGUCAACACCUGGAGGCUGAAUGAGCGCCACUUUGGGGACAUGCAGGGCAAGGAGGGCGCUGUGCCAGAUUCUGCACCUACUCCGGUGCCGACAUCAGAUUCCAGGCACCCGGCCAACGACGCGCUCUACAGACACGUGGCCAAGGCUACCCUCCCGAGCGGCGAGUCAGUGCAACACGUGGUGGAUCGGGUUCUGUCGUUCUACAGCGACAGUGUGGCCCCCUGCGUCAUGGCUGGCAAGACGGUGCUGGUCUCCGGCCACGGCGCGUCUCUGCAUGCCAUCUGCCAGCUCCUGGAGGACUUGGAGGGCCUUCGUACGGAACAUAUAGACGUGGCAAGAAACAUGGAGGGCGAUGCCAAGGUGGCUGAUGUGGCGCCCGGAGUGCCGCUCGUUUACGAAGUGGAUGCGAAUCUGAAGGUCCUGCGCAAGUAUUACUUGGAUGACGCCCUCGCCCAGAAGAAGCUGAGCGAAGUGAAGUAGGAACUUCGGGUCUCACAGCUCGAUGAGGGCUGAACGUGCAACACAAGCGCCCGAGUUGCGAGUUGUGUCCUUCAGGCAAAACGCUGCGAGGGCGCUGAAGCGGCUCGUGCGCUUGUUUUGGCGUCUGUGAAUGUUGUUUGACCACCUUGAAUGUUGC